UAGCUGCUCUGUUCUGUACGCUACGCAGAGUCUAUCAGGUUGUCUUGGGUUGUGAGGUAAAACUCGAAAAAUUCUAAGUUCCGAUACGUGCUGAAAUGGAGCUUGAGGAGACCCCGAAUCGGCCGAAAGCGGACACCGAGAAAGGGGCCAAGGAGAAUAGCAGUGCGGCCGGGAAUCAUGGAGAUGCCCACAUGAAUGGAAUAUCGAACGGUUACGAAAGUCGUAAAGAUCACAAGAGUGAUCACCGUACUAAAGAGCGCUCCCACAAAUCGGAACAUCGUGACAAGGAUCGCAGCCGCAGUGACAAGGACAAGAGUCAUAAGAGUGAGCACCGUGACAAAAAUAAGGAACGUCACAAACACAGCUCGAGUUCCAGUAGUAAAGACAAAGACAGACAUGGAUCAGGGAGUUCCACUAGCAAAGACAAGGAUAAGGACAAAGAUAACAAAGAAAAGAAGUCAUCAUCAUCAUCAUCAAGCAGAGAUAAGGAUAAAGAACGUGAGCACAAGAGUUCAUCAUCGACCAAAGACAAGGAGCGAGAAAAAAGUCGAGACCAUCAUCACAAAUCUUCAAGUUCUAGGGACAAGGAGAGCUCUAAAGAAUCUAAACACCAUUCAAGUUCGAAUUCCAAGGACAAGGAGAACUCGAGAAGCAAAGAUAAGGAUAAGGAGAAGCAUCGACACAGCUCAAAAGAUGACAAGGAUAAGGAUAAAUCAUCCUCCAAGGAUAAAGAUCGUAAACAUUCCUCUGAGAAGGACAAGGAACGUCACUCUAAUUCCUAUUCGUCCAUCGAAAAGGACAAAGCUCGAUUGGAUAAAGACCGUCAUCGUCAUGAUCGUGAAAAGGACAAGCAUCGUCAUGACAAGGACAAAGAGAGAAGUAAGCAUAGGGAGGAUAAGGAGAGGAAGGACGAGCCCAAGAUUAAGGUAGAGACUGACGAGUUCAAUCAUCAAAGUGUUAGUUAUAAUCAGCAGUAUGAGGUUAAACUGGAGAUCAAGGAUGAAUCACUGACGCAGCUAGAUGCAGAGGAUGAUGGGAAUAGCAGUGAUGAAAAUGAACUUUAUAUCAAGGAAGAGGAGGAUGAGGAAUACAAACAGGAAAAUUCGACUGAUGAUGGCAAUAAUCCGAGAUUAUCUGAACUACAUAACACUACUCUAAAAACUGAAGAGGAAUCCGAGGAGGAUAUUCCUCUGGCUUCAAGAAGAUCCACAUCUUCACCUAGCGUUAAGAGAAAAGUAGACAGUAGUGAUGAAGAUGAGGUUCCGUUGUCAGCAAGAAAGAAAGUUAAGAAGGAAUCGGAUAAAAGUAAAAAGAAGAAAAAGAGAAAAAAUGAUGAUGAGGAUGAUGAUUUUGUUGAGAAGAAGUCCAAGAAGAAAGCUGCAAAACCUCCAAAAACCGAAAGCUCAACUCCCAGUCCACGAAAGAAGAAGAAGGAAGAGGAGGAGGUUGAAGUUUGGAAAUGGUGGGAAGAAAAACCCCGAGAGGACGGUAAAAAAUGGACUUUCCUGGAGCACAAGGGUCCAGUCUUUGCCCCUGAUUAUGAACCCCUUCCUCCUGAUGUAAAAUUCUGCUACAAUGGAAAGGAAAUGAAGCUCUCUCCAGAGACAGAAGAAGUAGCAACUUUCUACGCGCGCAUGUUGAACCACGACUACACAACCAAGCAAGUAUUCAACGACAACUUCUUCCACGAUUGGCGUGAAGUAAUGACCGAAGACGAACGCAGAAAAAUCAUGGACCUUUCCAAAUGCAACUUUACUCCGAUGCACGAGUAUUUUAACCUAAAGUCGGAAGAGCGAAAACAAAUGUCAAAAGAGGAGAAAAAAGUAAUAAAAGAAAAGAACGAAGAGAUCCAAAAAGAAUAUGGUAUCUGCACGAUCGAUGGUCAUCCGGAGAAGAUUGGAAAUUUUAGAAUUGAGCCUCCAGGUCUCUUCAGAGGUCGAGGGGAGCACCCGAAGAUGGGAAAAUUGAAGAAACGAGUUCUCCCAGAGGACGUCAUCAUCAAUUGUUCUAAAGACUCGAAAUUUCCAAAACCUCCAUCAGGUCACAAGUGGAAGGAAAUUCGUCACGACCCCGGAGUGACGUGGCUUGCCUCCUGGAACGAGAACAUCCAGGGACAGGUGAAAUACGUUAUGCUGAAUCCUUCGAGUAAACUCAAAGGCCAAAAGGACAUGGACAAGUACAACACUGCCAGGAGACUUGCAAGUUUAAUCGAUAACAUUCGUAAGAAAUAUCGAGAGGACUGGAAGAGUAAAGAGAUGAAAGUGAGGCAAAGAGCAGUUGCUCUAUACUUCAUUGAUAAAUUGGCCCUCAGAGCUGGAAACGAAAAGGAUGAAGAUCAGGCUGACACUGUUGGUUGUUGCUCAUUGAGAAUCGAACAUAUUUCUUUGCAUGAGAAGAAAGAUGAUGAAGAAUACGUAGUUGUCUUCGAUUUUCUUGGUAAAGAUUCGAUUAGGUACUAUAAUAAAGUUCCUGUUGAGAAACGUGUGUUCAAGAAUCUAGAGUUGUUCAUGGAGAAUAAAUCAGCUGGAGAUGAUUUGUUUGAUAGAAUCACAACAACUGAUCUCAAUAAACAUCUUAAUGAAUUGAUGGAUGGUCUCACAGCCAAGGUUUUCAGGACUUAUAAUGCUUCCAUCACUCUUCAGCAACAACUGGAAAAGCUAACAAAUCCGGAUGACUCUAUUGCUGAAAAAUUGUUGUCUUACAAUCGAGCUAAUAGAGCUGUGGCUAUUCUAUGUAACCAUCAGCGUUCGGUACCCAAGGGGCAUGCUAAAACCAUGGAGAACCUGAAGGGAAAGAUCGAGGCGAAGAAGGAAGCCAUUAAGGAGGCCGAGGCUGCGGUGAAGGACGCCAAGAGGGAGAUAAAAGGGGGCUCUGUUACCGGAAAAGCACUGUAUGAUAAGAAGAAGAAGCAGCUGGAAAGGCUAAAGGAGCAGUUAACCAAGCUUGAGGUGCAGGAGACUGAUAGGGAGGAGAACAAAACCAUUGCAUUGGGAACCUCUAAGCUGAAUUAUUUGGAUCCUAGAAUUUCUGUUGCCUGGUGUAAGAAAUAUGGAGUACCAAUUGAAAAGAUUUACAACAAAACCCAGCGUGACAAAUUCAAAUGGGCGAUAGAUAUGGCAACAGAGGAUUACGACUUCACAGCAGCCCCCGAAGACGAUUAGAAACCACCUCACCAUUGAAAAGAAACUUAGCAACUUAGUGGCAAGGAACAAAACACAAUGUUAAUUAUCCCGUAUUUACUGUGUGACAAAGACAAAGAGACCAACACUAUAAUUUUUUAUUCUUAACUGAAAAGAUACGAAAAAAUGUAGUAAAAAGUGUGAUUGUGCUUCAAUUACCCGUUUAUCAUGGGUAUAAGUGUAACACAGAAGGAAAUAAUAUUAUACUAUGAUUAAUCGAUGAAUUUUAAGGAAAAUAAUUGCAAUCAAUUAUUGUGGGUUGAGAGGAGAGGUAACCUCUCUAAUUCAUCCGAAGUGGGAGUACAGAACUACUUUUCAACGUAUUUUGAAUUUUAAUUAAUCUAAUGGUUGUAGGUGAAAAACAAGAGCAGAAUGGAAUCAUAUUUCAUUAGCAAAAUUAUUAUUUGUAACUUAGAAUUGUAUACUCGACGUACGAAUGUUAGGUGGGAAUUGAGAUAAAUGGAAAAUGUGUAAAUAUAAUCGAUUAAAGCAAUACUUUGAGCGACUUUUAA